GGAAGGAGGCUGCCACAGUGGAAGGUCAAGGGGCUUUUUUACACGCAGUUGGUGCCUCCUUGUUGACCGCACACCAUGAGUUGUGGUUGAUUUAUUUUUAACGUUGUGCUGUAGUUCCUGAAUCUGUGGCUUUGGCUAGAAUACUGGAGGAAGAAUGAAAUAUGUGCAGUUGAUCUCCACGGAGUGAGCAGAGUGUGCAAAAGACAUCGUGGAGUUGGUAUUCAGGAUGGCUCUGGAGAGCGCGUCGCUCCUGAAAGCUGGGCUUGUGUUGUUUGUGGCAGCUCAAGUACUUCCGUCAGUGUCUGGCUGCAACAGGGUUUUCUACGAGGGGAUGAUCAAUGAGCACUGCCUAGCUAAAUUCAAAUUGGACAUGGGAGCACAGGACCAAGGCCUAUGGUGCAGCUGGCAGGACACCAUGGAGAUCUAUGAGCGACUAACAAACUGCACCUACCAGGUGGCCUUGAGGAUGGACUGCUACUGGCCCAAUCAGAUAAUCGACAGCUUCUUCAUGCAGAUUCACCGGAUCUACUUCCACGACUGUCCUCUGACCGGCCGACUCCUCCACGACCCGCCGGCCAGCAUCCUCGCCCCAUUCAUUGCAGUGCCAGUUCUAGUCACCCUACUUAUGACUGCCCUAGUGGUGUGGAGGAGUAAACGCACAGAGGGGGUUUUAUAGAGACUAUGGAUUUGGGCCCAAGUCUUGUAAAUACAUAUGGACUCCUGACAGGCAGAGACUGAGCAUGUGAUAAAAGAUUUUAAGUGAUUUUUGAAUAAGGUGUUAAGUUGAAUACUUGCUUAUUGUCUUGAAAUAGUAUUAUUCCAAUAUUAAUAUGUGGAUGAGUGUGUGCACAAUACAGUGAAACAAUUGCAUGUCUCAUGAAGAACUGUUUGACCGCAUCAGAGGUUGACCUUAAUAUAAUAAUAUGUAAUAACUGCUCCAUUUGGUAUAAAGAUAGAAAGUUUUCCAUGCAGUUAUUUUUGGUGAAUAACAUCACCAACAUGAGAGUGUCAAAGUUUGGCAGGGGAAAGUAACAAAUUCUUUGAGAUGCAGGGGAUUUGGAGGCCAUGCAUGUUAAUUACCAUCUGUUCUCCUGGCCCUAAACAAUCUGUGAGCACAUAAAUAACAGUAGAGAGGAGGACAAUCAGGGAGACACAGAUGACUUGGACAAAUGAGUGUUAUAAAUUUGGAAGAUAGAGAGGAGAGCAGAGACAGGUGAGUGAAAAAGAGAGGGGAAGAUGGAUUUUUGGACAAAGAGGCCAGGUUCUUUGACAGUGUAAGAGAGUCAACUCACUUUGUACUCAUGUCUCUAAAACACUUGAGAGCUACAGACAUUUUGGAGGAAACCAAAUGGUGCCUGGAUUACAUUACUAUGAUCAAAAUGAUGAUUUGAUCACAUGCAAAGCAUCAACUAAUGUUUUCUUUUUCCUCCACUAUCUGUUUACCACCUCCUCACAGAGGAGGAUAUACAACCAAAUAUGUUAAUGUGACUUGUGGCUUGUUUUCAGUGCAGUUCCACAUGCUGGAAGCAAAUGGAUUUCUCUCACCCUGGUCAAGAAACGAUAAGUUCAUGUAAGAAAAGUACAAUUUUAAGACUGCAGGUGAGGCUUGAAGUGGACAUUAAUUAGACACUCAUUCAACUCUGCAUGAGAGGGCGCCAUCUAGUGUUUACUGUGCAAGCCCCUGUUACACAGUGGUCAAUAUUUAUGGGCUGAUUUGACAGUAGAUUGAUUACAAACGGUUUCAUAAUUACUGAAAAUGCGGAUAUAUUUAAUUAAUAAUAAACAUAAAAUAUGCUUGAUUUAAAAGGAUGCGAAUCCAAAUUUUUUAUUUUAAGUGAUUCUCAACAUAUAAUGAAUCUUCAGUUCAGUCAGAACUGAAGAAGUCCUUUGGAUGAGGGAUGAAACGUCUUCCAGUAUCUUCAACCAAGUCCAGUUGCCCUUGAUUUUAACCUUCGUUGGAUAACUAUGACCUGGAUGACUGAGAAUCUUCAUAGACAACAUAAAAUGAGUUUAGGUCAUUAUUGUAUACCACUAGCU